AUGGUGCGCGCGGUCUAUGUCGACACCAUAUGCGACGAUGCCUUUGGCGAUCUGCCAACAGUCUGGCUCCAGCCGUGCUCGCGCACCCUCAGACAUUUGACACUCUCGUCGACCCAAUACUUCGGCUUCUUCCCUCGGCUUCCACUUCAGGGCGUCAAGUUCGAUCGGCUGCAGGCUCUGUCACUGUCGAAGUUUACUUUUGGCGAACCCUCGACGUUGCGCUGGGUCCUCUCCCAUGAAGACACCUUGACUGAGCUCUCUCUUGAUCGAUUCGCUAUAAUCUAUGCAGCAACUUUCCGCCCUGACAUAUUAGACGACUUGCACCCGGAGGGCUUCGAUGUGGACAGAGACCACGGUGGACAUGUGCACAUAACCUACGAUGGACGGUGGCAUGCGUGUUUUGACCUCCUCAAAGUCAGGCUUCCACAUCUGCGACGUUUCCACUUUGGCCUGUGUGUGAAGGAUUGGCGUGAUGGGCGGACGUUGUUUGCUCGCGAGGGGCACAUCGACCCGGGCUUUUAUGUCAAAUUGUAUAUGGUCUAUCGCAGUGGAGGAUUCGGAUACACCACAGUGUGUGGGUUCACAGAAGAGCGGUAUAUAAGCAACCCCGAAGGCUGGACUACGGGUUGGGAAGCCUUUUUGAGCCUGCAUACGACUGUCUGCCGACGCUGUGCUGGUAUUGAAAUUUCUGAAGAGACAAUGUGUCCUAGGAUUGGGACUCCUGAAGAUAUAGUUCGCGGUCAAGAGGACGAUACUGGUUAA